AUGGGGGUGUCGGCGCUGCUGCUGCUGCUGCUGCUGCUGCCGUUCGCCUCCUGUCUUGCGGGCCACGGGGGAGAGCGGAUUCUCGCCGCGCCCACGGACGCCCACUUCCAGGCCCGGCUCUUCCAUCACCUGCUUCGCUGGGAACCGGGCCCUCAAGCGGCCGCCGGGGUCCUGUACGAGGUGCAGUAUCGGAGGCUCGGCAACGACAGCUGGAGGGCCGCCGCCAACUGUACCCGGAUCGCGCUCACCUUCUGUGACCUCACCUGCGAAACUCAGCAGCCCGCGUUUUACUACCUGGCCCGGGUGCGCGCCGUAGCCGGGAACAGCUCCUCCGCCUGGAACUGGACGCGCCGAUUUACUCCCAGCCAAGCAACUCUAUGGCUCUCCAAGGUGACCCUCUCCAGGAGCAGGAACCAGAUCCAUGUCUCUCUGCAGCUUCCCACCAGCUGCUGGGCCAACCUCUCUUAUGAAGGCAGCUAUGAGGCCUGGGGGGAAUAUCUUGCCCGAGUCCGAAGAGUGUCCGACGACCAGGAGCUCCUGCAGGCCCACAGCAGUCUGGAAUUUGACCUGCCCCUGCUGCUGUGGGGGGAGGAGUACUGCAUCAGCGUGAAGCCUCGGGUGACCUCCAGGCCAAACCCUGCUAACUGGACGGAGGAGCAGUGUGUCUCCAUACCCCCCCUAGAAGAGAAGACUGUCCUUACCCCGAGUUUGGCCCUCCUGACUCUUCUCAGCCUUGGAAUUCUGGGUGCAGGGCUGAGCUUGGCCUCUGCCUACAAGAAGAAGCCCACAAGGAUGCCUUCAGUCCUGAAAUCACCCCUUGGGCACAGCUUCUGCUGGGGACUGAUGGAGGAAAGUGAAAUCUGCAUCCAACACAUGGAGACCGAGUCCAUCCAGCAGCUCUUCUUCCUGGGCCCACAGGACCACGCACACCUGGAGAGGAGAGGGAGCCCUGGCACUGGAGCGGUGCUUCCAGAGAAGAACGGCCGCUGGCGGGAAGAGGAGGGAAGAGGGCUGAAGGAAGGCAGCGGCUGCAGUGCAGACAGUGGCAUUUGCCUGCAGGAAAUCUCUGGCAGCCUGGACAAUCUGCAUUUCACCUUGGACGUUGGUCAAGAGGCCGGCAUGCAGAAAGAUGCCGGAAGCUCUGGGAUAAACGGGCAGCCGCUCCCAGGGGAAGGAUCACCACCCGAGGAUGUGACUGAGGCCCAUUUUUCUGGGUACAAGCAACAGUCAGGGGCUCCUUUGGAUUGCCUGGGGCCUCCCUCCAGCACGGAUGGGCAGCUGCUUCUGACUACUGGCUAUUUGAAGCAGACCUUCCUCGGAGCCCCCCCUGGCUUGCAGGGGGCUGCCCUCCCGAAGGACUUCCUGCAUCGCCUGGGUCAGGAGGAAGAGCAGUUUCCAAGCAGCUUCUCCCCGGACGUCUUCGGACCGUAG